CUCGCUCUAAAAUAUCCACCAUAAAUAAAAUUAAUAACCCAUUUCCUCCAAUCUCUCUCUCUCUCCUCCCCCAUCUUUCUCUCUCUGCGUCUCUCCAUGGCCUCCAACAAGUCCACUUUACUAAUCCUCUUCUUCUCCAUCUCCAUAACCAUACAAUUCCCAACAAAAACAAGCUCAACCCAAAUCCCCACCAAUCCUGAUCAUCAGCAAUCAGACUCGGACUGCACCAACCGUUGGAUCCACAUCAGACGGCUGCCGCCCGCCUUCAACCUCGAUCUCCUCACAAACUGCUCCGGCUACCCAUUGUUCGACGACUUCUGCCCGUACUUGGCCAACCAUGGCCUGGGCCAGAAAACCCACAACCUCUCCCACAGCUGGUACCGGACCGACCCGUUAAUGCUGGAGCUCAUUUUCCACCGUCGGAUGCUCGAAUACCCAUGCCUCACCGCAGAUCCCCAGGCCGCCGACGCCAUCUACGUCCCUUACUACGCCGGCAUCGACGCCCUCCACUACCUGUACGGCCCAGAUUACAACUCCAGCUCCGAGCAGGGCCUCAAUCUGUUCGAGUUCUUGAUCACCGACUCGCCCGAGUCGUGGAAUCGGAAAAUGGGUCAUGACCAUUUCAUGGUUCUGGCGCGACCCGCUUGGGAUUUCUCUCAGCCGCUGGGAAACGACCCGCCUCUUUGGGGCACUUCGUUGCUCGAAUUGCCGCAGUUUUACAAUGUGACGGCUUUGACGGUCGAAGCUCGCGCCUGGCCCUGGCAGGAGCACGCCGUGCCUUACCCGACGUCGUUUCAUCCGCCCAAUUUGUCUCUGUUGGAGAGCUGGGUGCAGAGGGCGAGGAGGUCUCGGCGCACCACGCUUAUGAUGUUUGCCGGGGGUGGAGGGGUUGGACGUAAUCCCACCAUUAGGAGGAGCAUUAGAAAUGAGUGUGAAAAUAACACCAUGAACAAAAAUGUCAAAAAUGUUAACAAUGUGGGCAUGUAUGGAAGUGGUGUUGGUGGGUUUUCAAAGCUCUGUGACGUUGUAGAUUGCUCUAAUGGGAUUUGUGAGCAUGAUCCCAUUCGGUUCAUGAGGCCGAUGUUGCAGGCAAGUUUUUGUUUGCAGCCUCCCGGGGACACCCCGACCAGGCGGUCCACCUUCGACAGCAUUGUUGCCGGCUGCAUUCCCGUGUUUUUUGAGGAAUCGUCCGCUAGGGCGCAGUACUGGUGGCACCUGCCAGAGGAUCAGUUCGGGGAGUUUUCGGUGUUUAUAGCCAAGGAGGAUGUGGUGUUCAAGGAGACAAGGAUUUUGGAUGUGCUUAGGAGCAUACCAAGAGGGAAAGUCAGGAGAAUGAGGGAGAGAGUGUUGGAGAUGAUACCAAGAAUUAUGUAUAGGAAGCAUGGAAGUUCAGUCGGUUUGAGAGCCAAGAAAGAUGCUUUUGAUAUUGCAAUUGAAGGUGUCUUGCAGAAGAUUAAAUCUAGAGGUCAAGUUUUUGCUCAGUGACCUACCUGAGAUUUUGCCUUUUCUUCUUGUCAUUCUGUAAUUGUAAUUAUUAAUUUGUUUGUCUUUGUACUGAGUUAAUUAUGUAUGCCACUAGAUAAACCAAUUCUGCAGUAUAAGAUAAAUUUUGAACUC